AUGGCACGUCUCCACAUUAAAGCUCCAAAGCUCCCGUCUUUGUGUUUCUGUCUGCUGGCUGUGGCUGGAAUAAUACCUGCACACGGGUCAGGUGACGUCACAGUGGUCGUCAAAGAAGGGAGUGAUGCUGUGUUACCCUGUUCCCUCAGCACCAAGGAGAGCAUUUCAGCAAAGCUCUUUGACUGGAGGAAAGCUGCUCAGAAAGAUGGAAAAAAGAAGGAGGUGUUCUUUUAUGAUGCAGGCAGCCAUUACAACAACAACGGCCGUGAUGGUCAGAGUGAGCAGUUCAAAGGUCGAGUCUCUCAUUUUCCAGAAGAACUGAAACAUGGCAACGCCUCCAUCAUCAUCAGAAAUACGACAGUGACUGACAGUGGAGACUACACCUGUGAUUUUCCACGUCUUCAGCCACGUCAAACAUUCCACAUUGAGCUUGUUGUUGAGCCCAUCUUAAAGGACCGAUCAGGAGAAAACCCAGCUGCAACUCCAAAGCCGUCUAUCAGGACGCUGAAUGCCACAGUGGGGGUGCUGCUGCAGUGUGAGGUUCGAAGUGCCUCUCCAGAGCCACAUCUUCAGUGGCAGGACAGUGCUGGAAACAAACUUCCUGCUGAGGAGCCACAGGUCUCAGAGAGAGAAGGCCGCUACUACAUCACCCUCAACGCCAAUGUGACCAAGAGUGACCUCUACCGCUGUGUGGUGACACAGGAGGAAAUCAGUCAUCAGACUCAUGAGGAGACAUUUGUGUUUAUCAGAGAGACAGUGUGUGAGGACUCAUCCAGCAAAGUGGCUGCUGGAUGGUUUGGUGGUUGGGUUUUAGGAGCUGUUACUGUUGUUGUAAUUCGAGCUCUGCUUGUAGCUACAAAUUCAAUCACAGUAAACUGCAAUAGAGGUUCUCGUCUGACGGAAAACAGUUCAUCUAACUAGGGAAACAGUUCAUGUACAGAACUCAGUUCCCCCUGAAGAAGUCAGAAGAUGCUUAGCUCACUUUUGUUGUCAAGGUGUGUGUGUGUGUGUGUGUGUGUGUGUGUGUGUGUGUGUGUGUGUGUGUGUGUGUGUGUGUGUGUAUGUGUGUGUUGUGUUGUGUUGUGAGAGAGUAUCAGUCCCUCCAGGAUUUCAUUGGCAGUUUUGGGUUUGUUGUGGCCGGAAAUAUCUGAUUUCAAGCAUUUCUAACAAGUUGUGAUGUUUAUAGCUGUUUUUUGGCAAUGAAAUUGGAUGGCAAGUGAAAAUAGCAAAAACAGUUGUGAUCACUCGGCUGAUGUCCUCCUCUGCUUGGAGGCUAAGGAGGUCCCGUUCAUACUCAACUCAACUCAGCUUUAUUUAUAUGGCACCUGUCAUGCAAACAUGCAGCCCAACGUGCUUCACAUGACCAAAUUGGAACCAAAACAGAAUAAACUCACAAAAAAAGAUGAUUAAAACUUCAUAGAAUAAAAGAGUACAUAAAUAAAUAAAAUAGAAUAAAAAUGAACAGGAGAAUUAAGAGUAGGUAAAAAACCAAUGGUUAAAACUUAAAAAUCAAGGCUGUAAUGUUACUCUACAUUUAAAGCCAGAUUAAAAUAUUAGGUCUUUAAUUUAUGUUUAAAAUACCGAGAGAACUCAUGAUUCCAAUAUCCAGAGGUAACGAAUUCCAAAGUUUAGGGGUGUAAAAAUAGAAAGCGCUCUCACCAGGACUUAUAUGGAAUACAUGAGGAACAUUUAAAAGUGAAGCACUGGAGGACCUCAGUGAUCUGGCUUGAACAUAAAAGGGCUUUAUAAGUGAGGAGAAGGACUUUGAAUUGGAUACGUUGUGGAACAGGGAGCUGGUGGAGGUUUUGGAGGACAGGGGUGAUGUGAUUGCAGGAUGGGAAAUGUGUGAGCAGACGGGCAGCAGAGUUCUGGAUGUACUGAAGUUUAUUUGGGAGUUUGGAUGGUGUUCCAUAGAGAAUGCUGUUGCAGUAGUCAGUUCUGGAUGUGAUAAAAGCAUGAUGAGAGUUGAUGAGAGUUUCAGCAGCAGAGGGGGAGAGUGAUGGGCAGAGGCGAGCUAUGUUUUUUAGGUGGAAGAAGGCAGUACUGGUGAUGUGAUUGACGUGUUUUCCGAAAGAGAGGUUAUUGUUGAAAAUGACUCAGAGGUUGUGGUUGUGUGGUGAUGAAUGCAGAGUUGAAUUGUCAAUGGUGAGGCAGAAGUUGUGAGAGGUUUUGGUGAGGGAUUUG